AUGGAAAACUUGACCUGGCGGAUGAUGCACGGUGCGCUUAUGCGGCGUCGUCAUGAGCAGUUGCGCAGGCGUGAACGUCCAGCGCUCAUGAGGAACCCCUCAAACAACGCCCCCAGCGGCAUUGCUCAGCAACUGCAAAAGUCUUCGGAGCAGGAGUACUCGUCUCAGUCCGAACUUAUGAAUCUGGAUGACUUCAUUUUCUCCGACAGCGCUGCAACUCCGCUGGCCUCCCAAGGCGACAUCUCCUAG